AUGCAUCCACCAGGCUUCAGGAACUUCUUGUUGCUGGCAUCUUCCCUUUUCCUUGUUGGGCUGUCAGCUGCUUCUCAAAGCUUCUCUCCAUCUCUGAGAAGCCUGUCGGGCGCCCCCUGCAGACUGUCCCGGGCUGAGUCCGAGCGUAGAUGUCGUGCACCUGGGCAGCCCUCAGGGGGCGCCCUGUGCCAUGGCCGUGGCCAGUGCGACUGCGGUGUCUGCAUCUGUCAAGUGACCGAACCUGGCACCUACUUUGGGCCGCUGUGUGAGUGCCAAGAGUGGGUGUGCGAGACCUACGACGGGAAAACCUGCGCAGGCCAUGGUUCUUGUCACUGCGGCAAGUGCAAGUGUGAAGUGGGAUGGUCUGGGGAAGCUUGCCAGCACCCAACCAAGUGUGACCUGACCAAAAAACUCAGCAACCAGAUGUGCAGGAACUCCCAAGAUGUUAUCUGCUCCAAUGCAGGUACAUGUCACUGUGGCAGGUGCAUGUGUGAUAAUUCAAAUGGAAGUGGACUCAUUUAUGGCAAGUUCUGUGAGUGUGAUGAUAGAGAAUGCAUGGAUGAUGAAACGGAAGAAGUAUGUGGAGGCCAUGGGAAGUGUUACUGUGGAAACUGUUACUGCGAGGCUGGUUGGCAUGGAGAUAAAUGUGAAUUCCAGUGUGACAUCACCCCCUGGGAAAGCAAGCGAAGAUGCACAUCUCCAGACGGCAGAGUCUGCAGCAACAGAGGAACGUGUGUAUGUGGUGAAUGUUCUUGCCAUGAUGUUGAUCCAACUGGGGACUGGGGAGACAUUCACGGGGACACGUGUGAGUGUGAUGAGAGAGACUGCAGAGCUGUUUAUGAUCGAUACUCUGAUGAUUUCUGUUCAGGUCAUGGGCAGUGUAACUGUGGGAGAUGUGACUGCAGAGCAGGCUGGCAUGGAAAGAAGUGUGAGCACCCCAGAUCAUGCCCGUUGUCGGCUGAGGAGAGUGCCAGGAAGUGCCAGGGUGGCUCCAGUCUGCCUUGUUCUGGAAGGGGCAAAUGUGAGUGCGGCAGAUGUACCUGUUUCCCCCCCGGGGACACCAGAGUGUACGGCAAGACCUGCGAGUGUGAUGACCGGCAUUGUGAGGACCUGGACGGUGUGGUCUGUGGAGGCCAUGGCAUGUGUUCCUGUGGCCGUUGCGUUUGCGAGAAAGGAUGGUUUGGCAAGCUCUGCCAACACCUGCGGAAGUGUAAUAUGACAGAAGAACAGAGCAAGAGUCUGUGCGAGUCAGCAGAUGGCACACUGUGCUCUGGAAAGGGUUCUUGUCACUGUGGAAAGUGCAUUUGUUCUGCAAAAGAGUGGUAUAUUUCAGGGGAACUUUGUGACUGUGAUGACAGAGACUGCGACAAACACGACGGUCUCAUCUGCACAGGGAAUGGAAUCUGUAACUGUGGAAACUGUGAAUGCUGGGAUGGAUGGAAUGGAAAUGCCUGUGAAAUCUGGCUUGGCACCGAAUAUCCUUAAUAAUCCCACGGGAGACAACUGGAUUCUUAUUUCUAGGCCAUUUUAGAAAUUCAGAGGAAAACAUGCAUAUGUAGCACCAGGACAGACCAUUGUGUUUUUCUAUUUCUGAUUGCCUAAAUGAAACGGUGGUCUUCAUUAAAAUUGACUUUAGCAAACUGAUAUCAUUACACCAUAAAGGAUUGUUCUCCCAUAAUUGACAUCAAUGUUUCUCAACUGAAGAGGGCAGUUUUCAACCCACAAGACAUUUGGCAAUGUCUGCAGAGAGUUUUGUAGUCAGACUAGAUAGGGUAAAAGUAGUUGUGUUGUGGACAUUUUUAGAGGUAGUGGCCACAGACAAUGCUGAACACCCUACAGAACAUAGAAAAGCCCUCACAACGAAGUAUUUUCUGACAUCCAAUAUUUACCAAGAUGUAGUAGAAAAAUGCUAAAUCACAUA